AUGAGUUCAACAUUUCGUCAUUGGAAAGAUCGAUUGCAAUGUUCAACUAAGCGAAAUAUAUGUCAAAGUCAUUUAUUAAUUGAUGAUGAAUUCAAAAACCUGCGUCAUACAACUGAUUUAUUAUUAAAUGAUAAUAAUUUAUUAAAAGCUCGUAUCGAUAAAUUAGAUGAAAGAUAUCAACAAUGGAUAAAUGAUGAACAAAAUUUUUUAUUAAAACGUAUUGAAAAUCUUGAAAAUGAAAAUCAUCAAUUACUUGAAAUUUAUCUAACUUAUCAAAUACAAAAUGAAACAUGUAUACGAUCAAUAACGGAUUUAAUUAUGAAAAUACUCUUAACUCAACAGGAUGAUAGUCGAUGUACUAAUAAUGAUCAAACCACAUGGCUUCAUCAACGAUUGAUGAAUGUUAGCGAACAAGAUCAGCAAACAACAAAUCAUUCAUUGGUAUUCAAUAAUCAAUCACCAACAGUGGCUACUGUUAAAUCUAAAUCUGAUAAAUCAUCAUCAUCAUCAUCCACAACUGGUUUAUCGAAUAGAAUAUAUUUUCUUAUGAAUAAAGAAAAAACAUUACAUGAGAAUCGUCGUUUACCAGGUAUUAAUAUAGUACCUAUUGAUGAUGUAAAUGCAUCUCCUCGUAAACAACAAUCAUCGGUAACGUUUAAUAAAAAUAUCUCAAGUCAACAACAAACACGUACUACGUAUCCUAACCAUGAAAGAUUAUCAACACAAACAACACAUCAUACAUCAUCUACUGGUAAAAACAUACCGAUAACAUCCAUAUCUAAACCAAGUCGAGUUCCAACAACUACAAUUCGUCCACAAACAACAAAUAUUCGACAACGUCCUUCUGCUCCUUCAACUAUAAAUCAAAAGACAGUUUCAUCAUCUUCCAUAACUAAUAAAUCAGUUCGACCUCGAUAUACAUUAGCGAAAUCAUCCGAAACACCACGAUCUGCUGGGACAAUAGCAACAACAACAACAACAACAAUAACAACAGCGCCAGUACGUCCUACAAAAAAAACAUUGAUUGUUAAUAAACCCAAUCUAACUGCCACAAAACCAACUACAAAUAGUAUUAAGACACGUAAACCAAUUGUCAAUCAACAAUCAGCACGCGUUUCUGAUCUUGAUGUAUUGAUGGCUGAACGACAAAAAACUACUACGACAUCUAAAAAAUCAACAAUUGUUACACCAUCACCUGUAGUUAAUAAUAUUCAACAAUCAUUAUUUCGUAAAGAUAAAAUAAAAGUAGUUCGACCUGUUCGUAGUCAAGAAUUAAAAUUAUUCUCGUGUCAUUUAACACCAAAAAUACCACCAACAGUACCAAAUGAAAUAAUAUAUCAAACAAAUGAAUCACUUUCAACUUUAACACCAUCAUCAUUUGAAUCAAUUGCUGAUAAUAAACCAAUAGAAAAAAAAGAAGAAUGUUCAGAUUCAUCUUCUAAUGUUAUAAGUAUUAACAGAGAUUUUUCAGAAGAUAGUCUUAAUGAACAUUAUUAUAUUCAAAAAUUACUUCAAAAAAAUGCAUCGAUUAAUUCAACAAAAAAGAAUGAUCAUAUACAAGAUCAAUCAUCAGAAAGUGACAUACCACUAAUAACUCCAAUAAAAACUGAAACAUCUGUCGAUUCAGCAUAUGGUAAUGGUUCAAUUGAACAAGAAAAUAAAGAAACUAAUACGAAAAAUGGAUAUUUUCUUUUAACAAAUGAUAAGUUAACUGUUCAAGAUAAUCAAUUGUUAUCAAAAGCAAAAUCAUCAUCACAUAAAUCUUUAGUACAUCGUCUAAUAUUUCCAGCACGGCUUGGUCGGAUGAUAUUUUAUCGACGAAUAUUAUCUGAUUCUGAUAUUUAUCAAAAAAUUUGUACAAAAGAUAACGAAAUUUAUCAUAAUGUCUAUCAUUUAGAUACAAUACGUGAUUAUUCAAUGGAAUUUUAUAUGAUAACAACAUAUGCUUCAGACUCGCAAUUACGUGCUUGGGUUGAUAGUAAUGAUGAUGAAAUAGUUAAUAAUGUAUGUCAUAUGGAUGAAAAUCGAUUUCAAAUUGAUGAUUAUAAUUUUGAUUAUGAUGAAAAUCAAAUAGAAAAAAUGGAUAAUAGUGAUAGUCUAAUUGAAGAAGAAGAAGGAGAACUUGAUUGGUAUUCAGAACUUGAAAUAUUAAAUUUAUCAUCUAAUAAUCAACAAGAUAAACAAGAAAGUACAUCGAGUUGCUCAAGUAAACUUCAUGUUGAAGAGUUAUUACAUGCUGAAUUGUUUUCAUUAUCAAGUCCAACAACAACUACAUCAGUUGAAUCAUCCAGUUCAACCGGUUUAGGUUCAGCAUCAUGGACUAUACCAAAAGAUACAUCGGAUCCAUUUCAAUCAACUCCAAAUUCCUAUGAUAAUACCAAUCAAAGUAAUUCAAUACUUCGUGAAAUUCUCAAUCAUUCAUGGACAGAUCAUAUGCCAAUAUCAAGUGGUCUUUCUGAUGAAAGAAAUUUUGAACAAUAUGAAAAUGAUUCCACAUCAUCCAUAAUAACUGAUGAAUUUCAAUCGGAUUUCUAUUAUUUAUGUCCAGUUACGAAUACAACAAAUUUUUCAAAAACUGAUCCUAAAACAUUGUUUCAUGAUGUUUAA